CACAUACGGGCAUUUCUGUAGAUUACCCUCAUCAUGAAGCAAUGGGUUGUGCAAGACAAAGAACAUGGGCUUGACGGUCUGGUCUUUCAAAAGGAUGCGCCCAUGCCAAAAGUCGGCGAAUAUGAGGUGUUGGUCAAAAUAGAGGCGGCAUCGCUGAAUUAUCGCGACUUGAUCAUUCCGCAGGGACUGUACCCCUUCCCUACCACUCUCCCAGUGGUCCCCGGAUCUGACGGGGCGGGUGAGGUUGUCGCGGUCGGCCCCAAAGUCGUCGAGUUCCAGAAAGGCGACAAAGUAGCUACUCUGUUUAAUCAGGGCCACCAGUACGGCGAUGUUGAUAUUCCAGCCACCAAGACCGGUCUCGGUGGUGUGAUUGACGGCACUCUGCGCGAGUACGGUGUCUUCGAAGAAAAGGGCCUUGUGAAGGCUCCCGUGAACCUUAACCCUGUGGAGAGCAGCACUCUUACCUGCGCUGCCGUGACCAGCUGGAACGCACUAUAUGGCAUCAGGCCCCUAAAGCCUGGUCAGAGUGUGCUGGUCCAGGGAACGGGUGGUGUGAGCAUCUUCGGUCUGCAGUUCGCCAAAGCUGCUGGUGCGACCGUAAUUGCUACCACAUCCUCCGCAAAGAAAGCAGAGAGGCUGAAGAAGCUCGGUGCCGAUCAUAUCAUCAACUACAAGACGGAUCCUAACUGGGGCGAGACUGCUCGCAAAUUGACACCCGGCGAGGCCGGCGUGGAUCACAUUAUUGAAGUUGGAGGCACGGGAACGCUAGAGCAGAGCUUCAAGUGCAUCAAGUUCGAAGGCGUGAUUAGCGUCAUUGGUUUCCUGGGCGGUGUCGACCCCAAGGGUCAGCCCAGUAUCCUGGAUACCCUGAGUUCCAUCUGCACCGUGCGUGGUGUUUAUGUGGGUAGCAAGGCCAUGAUGAGGGACAUGGUGCGGGCGAUCGAGGCCAAUGACAUUCACCCAGUGGUGGACGAGAAGGUCUUUAGCCUGGAUCAGACGCGGGAUGCAUAUGAUUACAUGUGGGCGCAGAAGCACUUUGGGAAGGUGGCUGUCAAGAUCGCUUAAGUAGUGGUUGACGCUGUCUGACAGGGGGAUUCCGUCAAAGACCAGAAACCUCACGCACCCCGGAGGGCGGAGGGAGAUUCGGUAAUGGAUAUUGACUGUAUAGGCGUCUCGGAAGUACAUGCAGUCUCUACCAAAAGUAUUUUUCCAACUCUGCUGGGAUAAAUGUCCCUACACUAAAAAACCGACCCAGAUCCUAAUGAGGGAUUGGAGGCAAACAUCACAUCUGUAACGAACCAAUCAUAAUUGAAAGUACUUGAGACAUAUCGAAAU